AUGCUAAACCGACCGUCAGCGACAAGUUUCGACACGCUCCGCAAAAUCCAGUUUGCAGUUACUGGUGCACGCUUUCGGUUGCGCGAGAUGACGAAGGUUGCUGCGGCCGCUCAGUUGCCUGCGUCUAAUGCUCUUCAUUUUGGCGGCGGGGCUGGCGGAGGUGGGGUCUCGAAGAUCUCAACCACCGCGUUGAAGAGGAAAACUCCGUCUGAGUUGCGGGGAGAACUAUUGAAGCUUAAGAAUCCGGUGGAGUCUGCUCAUGAAUCUCCGUCUCUUCCUAAUUUCAUGAGAAAUGUAGAUGGAGCAGCUUCUGGACCCAGUAAAUCAGAUUCAUCGAAAGCACCACGAUUUACACGAAUGGAUGAACAUUUCCCAGCAACUAAAAUCAGUAGGCUGCUUUCCAGAAAGGGCACAUCUAAGGAUUAUCUUCCAAGCAAGUGUUUCACCCUGAAAGAUUCCAGUUUUCCCAUGGAAUUAAAUAGCAAACAAGGGCAGAACAUGUGUACGGCAUCAGGAGGUGUAACCGACUCUUCCAAUCAUAUCAACUCGACCGAAAAAUGCGUUCACCAUACCUUUAAGAGUGUUAAAGAGCUAUCACAGGGUGGUGAAAACUUAAAUGGCUCCUCAUCUGUAGAUAUGGGUAAAGCUUUGAAAGGACUUUUUUCAUGUGAAUCUCGUGUUCCUUCAGUUCCACUUCCUGAGUCUAUAGAUGCAGCAGGAAAUAUUGUGUCUCGUAGCUUUUGUUCAGAAAUCCAUGUACCUGGUCACAAGAUUCCACUUGAUUUAACCCUCAAAACUUCCAUGAGGUUGCAGUCUUCAUCCUCUGUCAGUUGGCUUCAUAGGUUAAUAAAUUGUGCCACCUCAAACAGUACGGACUUUUUGUCACAUGCUGGUUACCACAUUCAAGGUGUCACCUGCUCAUCAAAACCUACCUCCACAAGCCAAUCACAUUCUUGGAUGUAUCCUCAAUCUAUUCUACCUCUAGCAGCAAUAUCAGCAUUGGCAUCUGCACCAGACUUCCUAAGUAAAAGGCAGCAAGCAUGGGAGGAUUCAUUUCGAAGUCUUUAUUACAUGCUGAGGAAGAGAAUUUGUAAAAUUUUUUAUGUGUGCAGUCCUCAGUUUGUAGUUAUGUUCACUGCAUAUGAUGGUGCAAGCAAAACCAAGUGUUCUUUCCAUGCUUAUGUAUCCCAGUCAACGAGAAAUUUAAGGUCACUUCUAAAAGCACACGACGUUUCUUUCUCAAUGCCUCUUUGUUCCUCUAAAGUUGAAGAAGUUACUGCAGAAGACAUUGUUGAACUUUCCCAUAUCGAAAAACACAAUCUUGGCCAGACUCGAGCUAUGGAGUCUUUGAUUGGCGUUGAUAACACUUCACAAUCCUUAUUGAUGUUUACUGGGAACAAGAAUGUACACGCGUUGUAUGAUUUUCUAUUGAAUUACAGAUAUUUCUUAGCUUGUUUGACUGGUGGUGAUGUUCCCGUGCUAUAUUCACCAGUUCCUUUUGAGAAUGCUUCUCUUUCGACUCCCGAGGUUCGAUGCAAACAGGUAAGGCGGGUUGAUUACUUGUCGUCCCAGCUCAAGGACUCUAACAAGGACAGUGAACCUAAAAGUUCGAGUGCUGGGAUCUGCUAUAGUGUUGAAAUUAAGGACACAUAUCUUCCCCCAUGGGUAAUAUCUGGCAUUUGCAAUGCUAUGAAAUGUAAUGGAGGUGACUUUCAAGCCAGUUUUUCAACCGAGCCUACUUCAACUGGCUUGAAUGUUGGUCUAGACGUAAUAACCAAGGAUCAAUCUUCUCACCUAGCUACAGCAAACGAACAAUUGCAAGAAAAUGCUAGUUCUUUUAGCAUUCCAAAUACAACUCUCUCCCUCCAAAGACACUCGGCCUUCUUGAAAGGACUGAAGUAUGGCGAUGGUUCUUACACAGCCUUUCUAUCGCCGAUUGAAUGA